AUGGUAGGAAAUAACUUGACUAAGAAGAAGUAAGUACACUUGAAACCAAAUAUAAUCUAUAGAGUUUAAGAUAGAAAUAAUACACCUCCUCAUAGACUUUCAUCAGAUGAAUUGAAUAGACUUUUGAUUUAAUUGUGGAAGACAAAUAGACUUAGAGCUUUUCAUGAUAAUCUUAACAUAAAGAAAAGAAAUAGUUUAUUAUAACAAUACUACAGAAGAAUAUCUCAUGCUUAUAGUUUACUCAGUGAUGAGGAACGCGCUUAUGCUUAUUAGAUGACUUUAAAGAUAAUGUCUGCAUGGUUAUAUAUAAAGACUGAAUAUAUUUUAGCUUACACAGUGAGUUAUGUAAGACAUAAACUUGGCUAUAGAAGAUAGCUGCUAAAGAAUGUUAGGGAUCUCGCAGCUAAUAUAAAAGCAGCAUGA